AUGGCACUGUUGGCGAUUUACGACGAUUUAGCGCCUACAGAUGACAUUGCUAGCAAAAUCAUUACCGUUUAUUUGAUCUAUAGGGUCCGUGACAUUGAAGUAGGACUUCGGCGCAGAAAUCCUGGUGGGAUUGAAGAUAUAUUAGGCCAUCCAUUUAUGUCUUUUUUCCUUAACCUGGUAGAGUCAAAAGUUGUUGAUGACAUUUGUGUCACGUACCCGCUCCCAAUUGGCAUUGAACGUUCUAUUGUUCUCAGGAUUUUGAAUGGAAAAACCUCUGAAUUCGCCAAUAUGAGCGCCAUUGAUCUUCUCGCUGGUGGAUCUUUGAAUGAUGCCAAUCUCGGCUUCGCUGAAGCGGAACAGUUCUAUGUGAAACAAACAGCACGUUGGCCUGAGCAUCUUGACAUGGUCACUAUUCCGUCAAUCCUACCUUAUCCAGACCCUGAUGACAACAGUUUACAUGACUUGACACAAGAUGCACUGCUCGUAUCUUUGAUGGAAAGAAUAUCUUGCGAACCUUUGAAACAACUGCCGUUCAAAACCACACCGCUUAUGCCUCCACUUUAUCCUAUUCAGCCGAUAGAG